CUUGCAGGUACUUGGAUAUCUCUGGCAUAUCACCUUCACCUUCAACCAGCAAACUAUUAAUCCCAACAGUGCAACUUCUGGAGUGCCACAUAAAAUUGACACGGGCUAAUUUUAGCCUGUAGAUCAUUAAACAUCCUGGAGCACAAGACACGGCAUUUGCACUCUGUCUGGAAAGGGUAGGGCCUUGGCCUGAACGACCGCCAUAAUGGUUGCAAUAAGUUGGGGGACUAUCAAGUCCCUCCUACUUUUCUUUGGACCUUUCUUCCUACCCAAGAUAAUCGGCUACUAUCGCGGCCUCCGUGCCUCAUCAGCACAGUCGAACCAACCUAUCCGCCCUCCCCCACCAGGAGCGCAGCGGGUCAUAAUACUGCUCUGCGUCGUAGCGGUCGCCUUCAUAGCCAAGACGCUCCCGAAUCUCUCCCCCGAGAACGUCUUUGUCGUCACCGACUCCCGCAUCCAGAUACCCACUGACGUGCUCUUCAACCGCCUCGCGCACAUGCGCCCCAACGGCAGCCUUACGGCGACCGACGAGGCCCUCCGCGCCCGCUUCGUCAACCUUGAGAGUCGCCUGCUAUACCUCAAGUUUGGCCCGGACGCGCUGGCCGACUGCCCCUUCUGCGUGUCGGAGGAGCCAAACACGUACCUGUACUAUGCGAUUCCGGACCUGCUGGCCCCGCACCUCCUCAAUCUGGCCCUGCUCGCCAUGGCGACGUCGGGCCUGCUCUCGGGCGGCGAGGGCCACAGGUGGCGCACCGUCGCCGUCAUGUCGGCAGCCGCGAUCGCCGCCGCGGAUCUGUACCUCGUCAAUGCCUACGACCACCAGUCCAACGCGCGCGCCCUCCGCCCCGCCGACCUCGACAUGUUCUUCUGGGCGUUGCGGCGCUGGCGCCACGCCGCUCUUGCAGCCCUGGACGUCGUCAUCGCGGGGUUGGUCUGGCUGUCGUCGACCAGGCGGCUGUUCACGGAGCCGCCCAGCCCAUUGGAGCGUGUCGAGGGCGUCACGCGCGCGCUGGCAAGCGCCAAGAGCAGGUUGAGUGCCGUGUCCAUAGUCAAGAACACGGCCAGUCGGGACUCGGCGCUGAGGGCGAGGUCUCACGCCUAUUGGGCUCACGAGGUCGGGGUCAUGAACGACGUCAUGGAGGAUCGGGAGGUUGUGGAUGGGGUCAAGGAUGCGUUGGAGAACCGCAUCAAGAUCUCGGCCAUCUCGCAGGAUGCUGAGGCUUAUGCGCGGAAUGUUAUUGAGGCGGUCAUUCCAGGGGAUGAGGCUGAGAAAGCAUGAAGUAGCUCUGCUAUGAGAUGAUAGCAAUGCUGUCGAAAAUGAGAUUUUUUUUAUCGAUAA